GAAAGCCUCACGUGAUGAGCGCCUGGCCUGACAGCCCUGGCUCUGGGCGCGUCUCGGGGCGCUGGGACGCUAGGCUCCGCUCGAUCGCCCCUGGGGCGUCGGGGGCGAAUCUCCCCUCCUCUUGGAUCCCCUGCCUCGGCUUCAGAGGGCUGUGGACCUGGAGCGGCUGCAACACGCAGGGCGGCCGCUGGCGUCCCACGAGCAGACCUGUCGCUAUCAUCACCCGGAAGUCCACAUUAGAGAAAAGCAAUGCCGUGAUAUUUUUAAUCUAGGCAUGGGUUCCUUGGAUCUGACCCAAAGUAUUGAAGAUGACCCCCUGCUGGACCCCCAGCACCUCCCACAUCAUUCAUUACAUGCUCAGUUUAGACCAAGGUUCCACCCUCUCCCUACGGUCAUCAUAGCAAAUCUUCUCUUGUUCAUACAUGUUGUGUUUGUUAUUUUAGCAUUUUUAACAGGCAUACUUUGUUCUUACCCUAAUCCAAACGAGGACAAGUGCCCAGGAAACUACACCAACCCACUGAAAGUUCAGACGGUCAUAAUCCUCGGAAAAGUGAUUUUGUGGAUUCUGCAUUUCCUCCUUGAACGCUACAUGCAGUAUCACCACAGCAAAGUAAGAAACCGAGGCUACCACCUGAUCUACCGAUCAACAAGGCAUCUUAAAAGGCUUGCACUAAUGAUACACUCCACUGGCAGCACAGCACUGCUCCUCACACUGUGUGUGCAGCAUUCCUUCCCCGAGCCCAGCAGGUUGUAUCUUGACCUCAUCCUGGCCAUCCUGGCCCUGGAACUGAUCUGCUGUCUGAUGUGUCUGCUCAUCUACACAGUGAAAAUUCGAAAAUUUAAUACAGCCAAACCACAGCCUGAUAUACUUGAAGAAGAAAAGGUCUAUGCUUACCCCAUCAAUAUUGCUUCAGAGACUGGAUUCAGGACGAUUUCCAGCCUAGAAGAAAUUGUCGAAAAGCAAGGAGACAUAAUAGUAUACCUGAAGCGACACAAUGCCCUGUUGAGUAGGCGGUUGUUGGCUCUCACUGCCUCGGACCCAGGCUCUCAGCCAAGUAGAAUGUGACAGGGCUAAGACAUCAACUGCAGAGGGAUUUAAGACUGAUCGACUGACUACCUGACAAGCUGACAGGGAACUGCAGCUUUUGCCAAGUAACAUUUUACAGUUUUUGUUGGAAACCUGAAUUUGUUUCUCACUUGUGUGGCCGUUGAAUAUGUCGGGCUUGUGAGCCCUGUGAAAGAUGCAUUGUGGAGCCUUGAUCACUCAAGGAGAAUGUGUUUUGCACAUUUUGAAAUUAGUCAACUGCCUGGUUUAUCCAAGGACCAAGGUAGUUUAAACAUUUCUCAUUGGCCAACACUUCUUCCACGUGACAUAAGAGCCCUGUAAUAAUUUGGCUAUUUAUCAAGGGAAUCUGACAAGAUAAUAUUUAAAACAGGGAUUUGAUCAAAUAAGCUCUUCCCACUUUUAACUUGAUGAAGAAUCAUUUUUGUGUUAAUGUUUCUUCCCCUGGAGCUUUAUCAUGUAUUUUAUAUGCUCGUGUGGUAUUGGAUGGCAGCUUGGCCCUUGUAGCAUUUAUAAUCUCACUGUAGAACCAAGGCCUCACUCAGUGAUUUACUGUGCAAUCUACGGUCUCCAUUUUCCAGAAAUAUAAGAUUACUUUGAUCAGUUUUAGACUGACCCGUUUUACACUAACCACUGCUGUCUGUUACAUCUGUGGUACCUUCUACUGGCAACCGCUGAAAUACUUAAAAACCCUAACCUUUCUCUUUACUUUUGCUUUUCUUCAAGAAGUUACCAUGUAUUUCAGUAUUGACUAUAUGACACCUUCACUGGAUCAGUAAGUUCAGUGAUAGGAAAGGGAUCUUUGGUGGCUUUAAGUUUGUCUAAAAAGGAGGGCCGGCCAAGUGGCUCAGUUGGUUAAAAGCUUGCUCAAGAGUGCGAGCUCUGAGCAACAGCGGUUCGAGU